UGAAGCUUUAAUGCUAUAGUAGGCCCAAAACUAUUGUUUACUCGUAGACUGUUGUACGAAUUCGAACAAAAGCCAGAUUUGAUCAUGACAUUUUUGAAGUUCAUUUUUAAACUCAAAGCAACGAUCCUGAUUACUUUAGAUUGUCUUGAUCCUUAUGACUGUGACGUUACUUGUUACAGAUAUGUUCGAGAUCAUCGGAUAAAUGGUGAUCAGAAAACGGGAGUAUCCGAGAUCCUUGCUUCCAGGGAACAUUUGAACAUCUGCAUGGUAUCGGAUUUCUUUUACCCUAAUGUUGGUGGCAUAGAAAGCCACAUCUACCAGUUAUCAUAUUGCUUGCAGAAGCGAGGACACCGUGUGAUUAUCGUCACGCACAUGUAUGGCUCGCGGGUGGGCGUCCGCUUCAUUAGCGGAGGCAUCAAAGUGUACUAUCUCCCGAUUCCUCCCUUCCACGACCAGAUCAUCUUUCCCACGAUGAUCGUGGCUCUUCCAGCUCUUCGCUACAUCUUCCUUGAAAAUGAUAUUCACGUAGUGCAUGGGCAUUCUGCCUUCUCACCGUUGGCGCACGAAGCACUGUUCCAUGCCAAACUCUUGGGCAUUCACACGGUGUUCACGGAUCAUUCGCUGUUCGGGUUUGCGGACGCCAGUUCCAUCGUGACCAAUCAGCUGCUGUGUAUGACGCUGGCGACGUGCGAUCACGUUAUUUGUGUGUCGCACAUGUCCAAAGAAAACACGGUGCUGCGGGCGCGAUUUCCGGAUCCCUGGUCGGUGUCGGUUAUUCCCAAUGCGGUGGACGCCAGUAAGUUCCUCCCGAAGAGUCACGAGAAAUAUACUGCCACCGCUGAUAAAACGGAGGCGAAUGUGAUUAAUGUUGUGACCAUGAGUCGGUUGGUGUACCGACGCGGAAUUGAUUUGCUCGUCGAUUUGAUUCCGAAUGUAUGUGCCAAAUUUCCCACGGUCAGAUUUGUGAUCGGUGGGGCUGGACCAAAGCGAAUUUUCCUGGAGGAAAUGCGAGAGAGAGAACGUCUGCAGGAUCGCGUACUGCUGCUGGGACGUAUUGAUCUCGAUGAAGUUCCUAAAUUCCUUGCCAAAGGCUCAAUUUAUAUUAACACAUCCCUUACUGAAGCUUUUUGUAUUUCCAUUAUUGAGGCAGCUUGUGUGGGUCUUCUCGUGGUAUCGACAAAAGUCGGUGGUAUUCCCGAAGUGCUUCCGCCUGAUAUGAUACGGCUGGCUGAGCCGAAUGCGCGCGCCUUGGAAGAGUGUUUAAUAAUGGCUAUCAGUGAUCUUCUAAAUAAACCGGGCAGUUUUCUUAGUUCUCAGGAGUGCCAUGAACGGAUCAGGAAGAUGUAUUGCUGGGAUAACGUGGCUGAGCGCACGGAAACAGUGUAUGAGCGGGCGCUAAACAAGCCGAUUCCAACAAUAAAAGAUCUGAUAACUGUUAAAUACAAUCACUGUGGAUGUUUAAGCAGAGUCUUGAUGACUGCGUUGGUAUUGUUAAGUUUUGUUGUUAACAUCUUUUGUAAUUUUUUCUAUUCAGUAAAAAAGCAACCUGUUCUUGGGUCAAAAUACACACAUUUGACAAAGAAAAACGGAGUACGAUUAAAACAAGAAUAA